AUGGGCAAUUCAAAUUCAAAAACGACACUUCCAACUUAUCCAAAUUUAUUAAUUGAAAAUUUUCCAAAAGAUAAUGGUGAAUCAAUAACUUUAAGUGAUGAUCGUAAAUUAGGUUAUAUGGAAUAUAAUUUUAAACAUUAUUAUGACGAAAAAUUGAUCAAUCCAAAAGAAAAAGAACAUGUUAUAUUGUUAAUACCAGGUUUACCAGAAUAUCGUCAGCCAUCAUCAUCAAAUGCACCUUUUGUAACAAUUAAAUUAUAUGUAUUGGAAAGACCUGGAAUUGGUUUAUCAACUUUUGCUAAUAGAAAUUUUUUAGAUUUUACCGAAGAUAUUAAAGAGUUUUGUUUAAAAAAAAAAAUCAAUCAUUGUUCAAUGAUUGCAUAUUCUGCGGGCGGUCCUUAUGGUUUGGCUGCUGCUCACGAAUUGGGCGUUGUUAACAACAAGGAUAAAAAUCCUUCAGAACUUCCUCUAAUCAAAAA